CAAAGUGAUGGUGUUUAGCUGUGGUAACGAACAGCUGCUGCUCCACAGCUGACAACGGUGGUUUAAAGUCGCUUUUACUGUUUUUAUUUCACUUUUAUCUCAUCAGUGGAAGUGGAUGAAAAUUCGUGGAGUGCGUGUGGAUUCAAAAACUCACAGUGACCGCAGUCUUCAUGUUUAAAAGACGUGUGCAGGGGCUUUACGUGGCUCCAUGAUGUCAAUGGAAAAGCUAGCUCGUACGAAUUUGUUUGGCUAACACGGAGUUAAUAGCUUUCAACACCGAUGGCGCGAAACAGCUAACGUUAGUUUGAGAUCUUUAAUUAAACUAAAGCUGAGCCAAGUUUAAGUCAACCAAGGAAAACUGAGCAGCUGCGCCGCUGAUUUAGCCGUUAGCACCCGGGACACGCCACGGUCCACUUGGCCGAUUGAUCCAAUGACUUGUUGAUUUGAUUGAUUGAUGGGUCUUUUAAGGAUCAUGAUGCCACCAAAGACGCAGCUUGUGGCGGUGUUGUUGUUUGCAGUAGCGAUGCUGUUCAUCGAGAACCAGAUCCAGAAUCUGGAAGAGUCACGAACAAAACUGGAACAAGCCAUUGCCAGACACGAGGUGGCUGAAGUCGAGCAGCGUCACAGCGAAGGCCUGGGGCGGGAUUUCUCCGCGCAGGCAGCAAAAGACGACAUGGUCAUCAUCUACAACAGAGUGCCCAAGACCGCGAGCACGUCCUUCACCAACAUCGCCUACGACCUGUGUGGGAAGAAUCACUUCCACGUCCUGCACAUCAACACGACCAAAAACAACCCUGUCAUGUCUUUACAGGACCAGGUUCGCUUUGUCAGGAACGUUACCACGUGGCGAGUGAUGAAGCCUGGCUUCUACCACGGCCAUGUGGCUUAUCUGGACUUCUCAAAAUACGGUGUGAAAGGAAAACCGAUGUACAUAAAUGUGGUGCGAGACCCGAUAGAGCGGCUGGUGUCCUACUACUACUUCCUGCGUUUUGGGGACGACUACAGACCAGGCCUUCGACGAAGAAAACAAGGAGACAAAAAGACCUUUGACGAGUGUGUGUCAUCAGGAGGAUCUGACUGUGCCCCUGAGAAACUCUGGCUGCAGAUUCCCUUCUUCUGCGGGCACCAGUCAGAGUGCUGGAACGCAGGCAGUCAGUGGGCUCUGGAACAGGCUAAAUACAACCUGGUGAACGAGUAUCUGCUGGUUGGAGUAACUGAGGAGCUGGAGGACUUUAUCAUGAUCCUGGAAGCAACACUGCCGCGAUUCUUCAGGGGAGCUACUGAGCUUUACAAAUCGGGAAAGAAGUCCCAUCUGCGAAAGACCACUGAGAAGAAGCUUCCCACCAAAGAGACGAUAGCCAAGCUGCAGCAGUCUGGCAUCUGGAAACUCGAAAAUGAGUUUUACGAAUUUGCUCUCGAGCAGUUCCAGUUUGUACGAGCCCACGCCGUCCGGGAAAAAGACGGAGAACUUUAUGUCCUGGGCCAGAACUUCUUCUAUGAGAAGAUCUACCCCAAAGUGAACUGAUUGUGGAGCCAUAAAAUGGUGAUAAGGGCUGCAUUAACAAAAACUCUCAUUAGAAGUUGUAUACACUGGGAAACAGGGGGAAACACUAAAUUGCACUGAUGAAUGCUGGAUUCUUUGUUCAUGUGCGUCAGUGUUUUCUGUAGAUUGAGUACAGAAAAGCCUUUUUCAGGCUAGACGGUGGAGUUUAUUCCAGGAAUGUGUGAAGACAUUUUUUUUGCUGUGCAGCUGCUGAGGAACCUAAAUGGGGAUAAACCGUCAGUCUGAGCUCUGAGAAAGAAUUUUUCCUAUGUCAGGCUGAACUGUUUAGUCAAUGUCUAAACCCAAACUCAACUCAAUUAUUGAGUUAUGUGUUUGGAUCCGUGAGAGAAAAGCAGAAAACCUCAACAAGUGCAACAUUUUUAAAGAUGGUCAGGUUUUUUGAAGUGUGUUUGUAUGAUGUAUUAAUACAUAGGCUCUUUAUCUCACUGGUUGACAUUCUUUUCUUACUGGAAAUGUAAUAUUUUUAAACCAUAAACCCUCCCACACCAUAGCCCAAAGAUGAAGUAUGUGUUUUUAACGUGGCUGCUUGUCUACUGCAUAGUUUGGUACGUUUGUGGCACCUCUGAAAAUCCAAAGAAAGGAUUUCAAUGAACAAAGUCUCAAAAUAAUACAUUUAAACUUACUGGUGGAGGUAGCAGUUGGUUAAUAACUCCUGUGUGCUGUGAUGUAAAAUCACUGGGUUUUUUUCUAUGGACAUUGGGCAGUUUUUAAAGCAACACAAACUUCAGUAUCAGUUGAAAAAGUCUGUCUAAUGGAAAGAUAGAGAGGCAAACACAUUCUUAAAUUAUCUUAGACUUGGUUUGGCCUAGACUUUAUUAGGUGAACAUUUUGGUAAGUGGCUAAAAUCAGUUUCACCUUGUGUUCUUACUCAAGCUGAUUCUGAGAACGUGUCAAUACUUCACAACUACACCUCAAACCCUGAACUAUCAUAGUUUUGUUUUUGCACUCCUCAAUGUACUAGUAACAUGUUUACAAAUUACAGAGGGUGAAAUUGUCUAAAAAAAGUUCAUACAUUAGCUGCAUUCAUGUGCAGUGAUGCAAUUUCGGACCAAACGGCAUAUAUCUGAUGGAACCAUUGCAUCCUUUGGUGCGUGAAUACCUUUUUAUCCCACUGAGAUGUUCUCCACUUUUAUCACAGAGAUGGUGACGUGGGUCGUGACCAAACUGCCUUUUGAUGAGGAAAGGAAACUGAGGUACGUAACGGCGAAAAGAUUAAAAUAUACAGGGUUAGACUGAUCUUUGAUUUGGUCACAGCAGGCUUAACAUUUCCAGCGGAAUGACCAAGAGAAGUUGAACUGAUAGUGCCUUCAAUGCAACUUUUUUGAUUUUACAAGCACCCUACAAUCAUGUUUGCUCUUAUUUUGAUGAAUUACUGUUGAAUGCAUUUGCUGUCUUUUUGUUUUGAUUUACACAACAAUACUUCAUAAACAACCUGAACAUGAAUACAAAA